AUGAAACAGUCUCAACUUACCUUGUGGGGAAUCGGGAGAGCCAUGUCUUACAGCAAUUUGGACGCUUCGGUGGAGCCAUGUGCACUUCACACUGCCUUAGCUUUUCGAGUGCUAAGGGAUCGCCAGGGUGUCGCACCAAUGGUUUCUAUUGAAGUAAAUGGUAAAACAGAAUUCGAUAAAUUCACAAAGUUUCUUUAA